AUGAACACCUUGGCCCAAAUGAUGGCUCAGCGAGGGGAGAGACUGCGAGAGGACAAACCUGUGGAGAAAGAGGAGAUAAAAUCCUGGAGUAAACCACUAGAAAACACAGUGAAUGUCAGGUUUAGACUGAGUAUUAAAUUAGGGGGUGUUUUCACAGUGUCUCUUUCCUCUAGCACCCAGAAACGAGCUUGGAUCCUGGACCCGUCAGGAGAUUGGUAUUAUACCUGGCUCAAUAUAAUGGUGCUGCCUAUCACAUACAACUGGGUAAUCCUAAUCUGCAGGGCUUGCUUCACGGACCUGCAGUACCACUACCUGAGCGUUUGGUUGAGCCUGGACUAUCUGUGCGAUUUCCUGUAUGUUUUGGACAUUAUCGCCAAUUUCCAUACAGGUUUUCUGGAGGAAGGCAUCCUAGUCACACAUCGAGGGCAUAUUGCAAAGAAAUAUAUGCUUUCCUCAAAAUUCCGCUGGGAUGUCCUAUCUGUGCUUCCCACUGACUUCCUGUAUCUGAAAUUUGGGAUCCAUACUCCACUUGUGAGAAUCAAUCGCUUCCUACGCUUUCAACGACUUUUUGAGGCUUUUGACCGGACGGAGACCCGCAUUCCGUAUCCAAACGCUUUCCGUAUAUGCAAGCUCAUGGCAUAUAUCUUUGUAGUGAUUAACUGGAACAGUUGCAUUUAUUUUGCCUUGUCCAGUUAUGUUGGAUUUGGAAAAGACGAGUGGGUCUACCCCAACAUCACAGACCCUGAGUUUGGCCGUUUAGGACGACAAUAUCUGUAUAGCUUUUACUUCUCCACCCUUAUUCUUACUACCGUUGGGGACAUUCCUGCACCCAUGCAGGAGGAAGAAUAUAUCUUCAUGGUGGUAGAUUUCCUCAUAGCGGUUCUUGGCUUUGCCACCAUCAUGGGGAGCAUGAGCUCUGUCAUCUCGAAUAUGAACAGUGCCGACGAGGCCUUCUAUCCGAACUAUGACCUUGUGAAGUUAUAUCUAAAGAUGUACAAGGUCAACAGAACAGUAAAAAAAAAGGUGAUUGCAUGGCACCAGCACCUCCAGAUCAACAAAAAAUUAACGAACGAGAACAAGAUUUUGCAGAAUCUGCCUGAAAAGCUUAGGGUGGAGGUUGCAGUAAGUGUUCACAUGCCAACACUUAGCAAGGUACAGAUUUUUCAACACUGUGAAAAGAGUCUCCUAGAAGAACUUGUUCUAAAGCUGAAACCUCAGGUCUACAGCCCUGGUGAGUACGUCUGUAAGAAAGGGGACAUUGGCAGAGAGAUGUAUAUCAUCAAGGAGGGCAAAUUGGCUGUGGUGGCAGAUGAUGGAGUCACUCAGUUCGCUGUACUUGGAGAAGGAAACUAUUUUGGAGAAAUCAGUAUCCUCAAUAUUAAAGGUAACACAUCUGGGAACCGAAGAACGGCCAAUAUUAAGAGCAUUGGCUACUCUGAUCUAUUCUGUCUCUCCAAGGAGGACCUCACAGAUGUGCUCACCCAGUAUCCCGAUGCCAAAGCCAUCCUGGAAGAGAAAGGCCGUGAAAUCCUACUGAAAAUGAACAAACUGGACGAGAGGUUGGCAGCUGAGCUGGCAGGUAAACAAGAGGAGCUAGAGGAAAAACUGAAGAAAAUGGAACGGAACUUGGACUCUCUCCAGACCAAACUGGCCCGGCUUCUGGCUGAACUGGAGUCCAGUGCAGCCAAGAUGUUGCAAAGGGUUAAACGGCUCGAGUGGGAAAUAAGCCUGUGGGAGGAAGAGCCUCGGGAGCAGCCAAAAGACGAUGACGGCGCAGAAUAAGAUGUUUUCUCAGUGACAAGACCGCGAUGUUCACGUGUAAUUGGUGGGAUUCUGUUGAUGGAAAAAGGAGGUGACACAAAUAAAUGAAAUGGACAGUUUUUGUAGAAUGAAUCCCUGAGACGAUUGAAAGGGCAGCUCUGUACAACUCUAAAGAUAGUUUUAUAUUGGACAUAACGCACCAUGGCUCUGUUUGAGUCUCUUCCAUGAUAAUGCAGCAAGAUCUCUGUAAAUGAGUUUGUUUCCAUGUGGGGAAUGCCCUUCUGGCUUUCAGUCACCCCCUUAGUGAAUCGGUCUGUUGACCCACCAUAGCCUCUGCAAAGCCAUAGAAGUCUCCACUAAACCAGAUGU